AUGUCUUCAAGUUCUUCCGAUGAACUUAUCAUUCCCCCUCCGUUUCCCAAAUUAUCUACCGGUAGUACAUUUGAUUUUUUUCAAAACGCGAUCAAAGAAAUAGAAGAACUUGAAGACCCGGGAAGCUCUCGUGAAAGCCGAACCUAUAUCGAUUGCGAGAGAGAAGCUGCGCAUAGCAAACUCAUGCGCGACUACUUCGGCGAAAAUCCAAAGUUUGGGGAGCGUUGGUUUCGCCAUCGCUAUCGUACGAGCCAACGUUUGUUUUUGAAGAUUGUUGCCGACAUUGAAGCUACUUUCCCGUAUUUUCGAGAUGGAGUAGACGCGAGGGGAAGAAAAAGUUUCUCGCCGAUUAAAAAAUGCACGUCGGCAAUUAAACUACUUUCAACGGGUGAACCGGCAGACAACUAUGAUGAUUAUCUAUGCCGACAUCCCACGACGUCGCCUAGCUGUACAAUGCGCAUGAGGCGCGACACCAUCUGGCAGUCGCCAUUGUAUGAUACUACUAGAAAUGGAACGAAUCUGAACACGUCAUUCACUUUUCGCGGCCGCUUGUACAGACGUGGGUAUUUGCUUACUGAUGGAAUAUAUCCUAAGUGGUCUACGUUUGUAAAAGCGUAUCUGCAUCCAGUUGAUCCAAAGGAAGUGAAAUUCAAGCGAGUGCAGGAGGCGGCGAGAAAAGAUGUAGAACGGGCUUUUGGGGUGCUUAAGGGAAAAUGGAAGAUUUUGGAACGUCCAAUCCGGAUUAUGGAUAAGGAAAAGAUAGGGAAAGUCGUCGAAACAUGUUGUAUAUUGCAUAACAUGAUUAUAAAGGACGACGGGAGGGCUAUCUUACCGGUUCAUAUAAUGGAUCCACCGGUGCCUGCAGCUUACGAUCCUAGAGUUCUACGGGAGUUACAUGACGAAAACGUCCAUCAUCGUCUUCGAUAUGAUUUAACGGAGCAUGUAUCGACGUUGGAUUUGGCAUACCUCGAUGACCCAGCAGCUCAACCACCACCGAUCGAGGAUUUGAUUUAG